AGAUCGAAUCGAUUUUUUGUGCCACGUACUUUUUCUUCUUAUAUAACUUCACUUAAACAAGCAGCCAUCAAACCCGAAUCGCUCUAUCACAAUAGAAAAACAUAUAAAACAUGAGUCGUUAUUACGGUUCUACCGCAGGAAACAAUGCCUUGUUUGCUGGCUUUGUUACUCUUGCUGGGGUGAUCGUCUACUGGUACAUGUCUACGACCGAGGAGGAGCGUGCAGAGCAACGUGCAGAUCUCAGGGAAAAGAUCAAUAGUGCUUCUAGGCAAAUGUCAGCCGCGGCAGACGAUGCUGUAAAGGAAGCAGAGAAGCUUGCUGAUGAUGCUCAGAAGAAGGUGCAUGAAGCCUCCGACAGGGUUCAAAGAAAGGCCGGGGAGAUGGCAGACCAUGCUCGAGAUGUUGCCGUCGAGGGACUUGACAAGGCAUCAGAAGCCAUCAAAUCUGGCGCUGAUAAAGCCGCGGGUGCCGCCGAUAGGUUGGGCAAUAAAGUCGAGGAGGGCGUUCACGCUUCCAGGAAGAGUGUCCAUAGGGCUAAAGAGCACAUCAAGUCCGGCGCCGACAAUACCAAUGCCAGUAUCAAGGAGAAUGCUAAACAUGCUGAGAAAUCCAUGAAGGAUACUAAGGAAAAGGUCAAAGAUACCGCUGAAGAAGUGUCUGAGGAUGUCAAAGACGGUGCAAAGAAAGCAAAGAAGCACGUCGAGGAGGCUUCCAAGGACGUCAAGAAAGAUGCUGAGAAUGUUGCCAAAGACAUUAAAAAGGGUGCUAGAGAUGUCUCCAAAGAUGUCAAGAAGAGCGCCGAAGAAACCUCCAAGGACGUUAAGCAUGCUGCGAAGGACGCCAAGGACAAUGCCAAGGAUGGAGCCAAGAAGGCCAAGAAGCAUACUGAAGACAGCGCAAAGCACACAAAGGAAAAUGUAAAAGAUAAGGCCGAAGAUGUUGCGGAUGAUUUCGAAGGCGGCUCUGACGAGUUCGAGGAUGCUCGUCAACAUGUCAAGGAUGAGACUAAGAGGGCCAAGAAGAACUCUGUGGAUGCUACUAAAGACGCCAAACAUGAGGGCAAUACUGCUAAGGAACAUGUAAAGAAAGAGACCCAUGAUACCAAGCAUAACAAUCACAAGAAUCACUCCCAUACCAACGAUUUGAAGGCCUUUACCAAUCGAGGUGCACAUACCGAGCGUAAUGAUGAAGACAACUUUGCUCCUGCACCACAUGCAGACUCUGGUAACCGCGCAAAGCCUCAAACUACCGGCACAUUGAACGACGACAACAACCAUCCGGCUGUUAUUGGUAAUGAUCGUGAGAUUGAUUGA